AUCCAUGGCGACCGACGCGCCCUCUUCCGCCGCCGCCGCCACCGCCACCGUCACCGGCACUGCCGCCAGUGAGAUUGUUAACGCAGAAAUUAAACUGCCUCGAUCGAUAUUUGACUUGACGGCGGAGUUUUUUGACUCGUGUCGGUUGUUGAAUCCUUCGGUCCGGUUAGGACCUGUGGUUUCACCCGCUCUCGAUCCGGAUAACAGAGACGAGGCGGAGGAGAGGAGUUCCAACGACGGUGUAAUUUUGGAUAGAUGGACGUGUAAUACUUGUAAAAUUGAGUUCGUGUCACUUCAUGAUCAACGCUCGCACUUCAAGUCGGAUAUUCAUCGCCUUAACAUCAAGCUGAGCCUUGCUGGAAAGGCUAUUUUGAAAGAAGAAGAUGUUGAUGAGUUGACAUCUGAGUCGGUCCAAGACUAUGAUGUGUCUAGUAUAUCAGGAUCAGAGGACGAAGCUGAGGCGGCAAGACCCUUAUUCCAGGUUGAUGCUCAAAAGGGUAUUGAUAAAAAGAAGCUAUUUAUUCGUCUUCAAAGUGGUGAGAUAGUUUCUAUCUGGCGAAGCUUAAUCAUGGACGAGGCUGAAAGGUUUUCUUACGGAAAUGACAGAGGAUUUUCUGCUGAUGAUUGUGGGGGCUUGGGCGAGAAUGAAGUGACUGAGAGGUUGAGAAAUUUGGUUCGAGAAAAUACGGUUGACAGUCAAAUGCGUGUCGUGUUGCUUGCCAGUGGUGGGCACUUUGCCGGUAGUGUCUUUAAUGGAAAGUCGGUUGUGGCUCAUAAGACAUUCCACAGAUACGUUGUAAGAGCCAAGGCUGGCAAAAAGCAGUCCACAAAAGAUGGAAGCGGGAGAAGUAUACACUCUGCCGGAGCCUCACUUCGCCGUUAUAAUGAACUUGCUUUGAAAAAGGAUAUUCAAGAGCUACUUGCUAGCUGGAAGCCUUAUUUUGAUGGCGCUUCUUGUGUUUUUGUCCAUGCUCCCUCAAGCAGUAGGCAAUUGCUUUUCAAUGGAGGCAAACCAUAUUUUAGCAGCCAAAACUGCGCUGUACGAAACGUUCCAUUUACUAUCCGGCGGCCAACCUUCAAAGAAUCACAGCGUAUAUAUAAUCAGUUAAAUCAGGUUGUAUAUUUAACUGAGGAGAUUUUUGUAAAUCCACCAGAGGAAGCCAAAGCUACUACUGUGGUGCAGACCCAUAGUGAGGGUUCUGGUGAAAUCUUAAGACAGGAAGAGCCUGAUGAAACUUCUUCUGCCAGCAUAAUUUUAGGUGAACCAAGUCUUAUAGAAGCGGAUGCCGGGGUUGGUGUUACUGGUUCGUCAACUCCAUUACACGAAGCUGCUAAAUCUGGUGAUUGUGAGAGAGUUCUGGAGUUGUUGGAGGAGGGUAUGGAUCCUUGUGCUAGGGAUGAAAGAGGCCGAACACCGUACAUGGUUGCGAAUGAGAAGGAAGCGAGAAACACAUUCAGACGGUUUAUGGCGUCCAACCUUGAAAAAUGGAAUUGGCAUGAUGCUAAAGUACCCAGCCCGCUGACCAAAGAGAUGGAGGAAUCUCAAGCUGCCAAGCAGGCAGAGAAAGACGCCAAGAAGAAAGCAAGAGCAAAAGAAAUGAAGAAACUACGCAAAGCCCGAGAAAAGAAGGCUCAAGCGGAAGCUGCGCAGGCUGAGAAGGAGAAACCGAUCUCUAAAGUGGAGCAAGUGAGGAGAGCAAUGGCGGCCGAGAGGGAAAAGAGAGCAGCGGCUGCAGAAAGACGGAUGGCAUCACUUAACACUGACCCACGUGUAGAUUAGUGGGUUCACAUGACCCACCGGUUAAAUUUAUAUAUACUCUCGCAACGAGGAGUAUGAGAGAAUUAUGCCCUUGAUCUUGAAGCCAAAGGCAUGUAUGUGCCGUAUUAUUAGCAAAAACAGACUACUUUGUUGUCAUAAUUUUUAGUGCUUUUUUUGUUAUCAUAA